GAGAUUAUUCUUUGUGGUUUCCGCAUUUGAUUUUGAAUUUUGCUUGCGAAUACAUUGUGGAACCCUCUCAAAUCCCACAUUGAUCAAAUUCUCACAUAGAUACAUACUACUAUUACGCUAAAGAAUAUGAGCACAUCAUUUUAGCAUUGAACAAAUAUUGCCGCGAAACAGACAGAAUAUUGAACCCUCUCUCUCAUCUCACUCUUCCAAUCGCAUCAUCAUCGAUCUCUCUUCCCUUCCCUUUCCUCUGACGCUGCCCACAGUUCAGUUGUUGUUGUUGUUAUAAAUAAACGAGCAACAAAGAAAACGCUAUGGACCCAUCUAUAAUGAAGCUUCUUGAAGAUGAUGAGGAUGAAACUAUGCAUUCAGGAGCAGAUGUCGACGCAUUCCAAGCUGCAUUGAAUAGAGACAUAGGCGGCACCGCAGAUUCUGGUGGAAGCAAUAAUUCAUUCAGUCAAUCAUUAUCAACUUGGCCAACUUUUAGCCAUGACAACCAGAUUGACUGUCAAAAUCAGGAGCCUAAAAUUGCACAGCAGCAAGACCAACCUUUAUCUGAAACUGAGCUGAAGCAACGAGGACCUGUCGUAGAACAGAUACAGAAUGUUGCCUCACAGGAUGCGAAUAAUCUUACUUUAUCACACAAACAGUCUCAAGAUGAAUGUCUCCAAGGCAAGACUGUACCUGUUUCCCACCAACAUUCUCAAACAAAUGAAGUUCAGAAAUCUGAAAAUAAUCCCAACCGUGAAUCUCAGUAUGCAAAGCUGCAGCAGAUGAGUAAUCAACAGGCCACAGUCAAUGAACAACCUAGUAGCCAAGUUAAUAGUAGUAAUCAGGUACCAUUUUGCUUGUUUCUCCCUAUUUUGAUGCCCCAACUUCCCAAAGACAGAGCCAUGCAACUUCAAACUUUAUAUAACAGAUUGAAGAGAGAUGAAAUACCUAAAGAUGAUUUUGUACGGCGUAUGAAAGGGAUUGCGGGGGAUCAGAUGCUUAGAAUGGCAGUAGCAAAAGUGCAACAACAGACAAAAGGCAACACAGGUUCUUCAAGACUGCAGCACCCUGUAAGGAUGCCAAGUGUUACUUCUAGUGGAACAAAAUUUAAUGAUCCCCAUGCAUUAGCACAAGUUCAUCAGAGAAGUAUGAAUGCUGCUCCAGACCAUUCUCAUAAUACUUCUUCGGCUAUCCAAGUGAAGAGUGAGCCUACCUAUUCAACUAUGGACAUUAGUGCUAAAAAAUCUCAGGAACAUGAUGUUCGAGUAGUGCAACCAAAUCAAUUACCAUCAUCCAGUUCUAAUGCCGUUAAUCAAGAAACCGAAAGAUCCUCAGUUCACAUACAAGGCCUUAAUAAGCAGCAACAACAGCAUAUACAUUUCCCAUCGACAUAUGGAAGCAGUGGUGGUAACUAUAACCCUUUUUCUGGAACAACCACCAGUUCAUCAUCAUCUCUCAGACCACAACCUCAUCCUCAUGAUUCGCACAUAAGGCAAAUUCCACAUCAAAGCAUUGGUUUAAGUCACUUAGGUGUAGACCGGCAGAGUUCUUUCAAUGAUCCUAAGAGAAUGCCAGGUGGAUCUGUGUCGACCGUUGUAAACAAUACAGCAUCACAACAAAAUUCAAAGUCUUGGCAACCAUCAGCAGAACAAAAUUCGGGCUUGUUUACAUCUAUGUCAUAUGUAAAAAAGGAACCUAAUGAUCUUUCUAUUGAGCAGCAACAUAGGCAUCAUUUGUCUAACUUGCAUGGGUUGCCUUCUGUUAAUUCUGGUCAAAAUGACCAGGGUAGUGGUAUCAAUCAAGGCACUGUAAAGGGUGAGUUUUCAAGAGGUUCUGUAGCAUCCACUAGCAUGCCACAUACAACAUCUGCCAGCUUGCCGCCAAAUUCUGCUUCCACUUCUGCAUCUCAACUGGAUCCAACUGUCUCUUUAAGCUCUCAGAUCCCAGUUAGCACUUCUGGUAUUAUGUCAAAGACACCUCUAAAUAAAACUCCUCUUGGCCAGAAGAAACCACUUGAAGCACUUGGUUCUCCACCCACUCCUCCAAGUAAGAAACAAAAGGUGUCUGGGUCGUCUCUGAAACAAAGCAUUGAGCAGCUUAAUGAUGUUACUGCUGUUAGUGGUGUUGAUCUUGGGGAAGAGGAAGAACAGUUAUUUUCUAGGCCCAAGGAAGACAAUCGAGUUUCAGAAGCAUCUCGAAGAGUUGUGCAAGAAGAGGAGGAAAGUCUAAUUUUGCUGAAAGCUCCAUUGCAGAGAAAAUUGAUUGAGAUUAUGACUGAGUGUGGCUUGAAAGGCGUGAGUAAUGAUGUGGAAAGAUGCUUGUCACUGUGUGUGGAGGAGAGAAUGCGCGGAGUAAUAAGUAACAUAAUUAGAAUGUCAAAACAGCGGGUUGAUAUUGAGAAAACAAGACAUAGGACUGUUGUCACAUCAGAUGUUCGACAGCAAAUCAUGACAAUGAAUAGGAAAGCAAGGGAAGAGUGGGAGAAAAAAAAGGCUGAAGCAGACAAGCUCCGGAAACUAAAUGAUGUAGAAGGUAGUUCCGGAGUUGAUGGUGACAAGGAGAAGGGUGAUGGUCGCAAUAAAGCAACAAAGGUGAACACGGAAGUAGAUGACAAGAUGAGGACAAAUGCUGCAAAUGUUGCAGCCCGAGCUGCUGUUGGGGGAAAUGACAUGACGUCAAAGUGGCAACUUAUGGCUGAGCAAGCUAAGCAAAAACGUGAAGGGGGCACGGACGCUGCAUCUGGUUCUCAGCCAACUAAAGAUGUUGGUCGCAAAUCUUCACCGUCACCAGGAAGGAACACAAAAGAUAAUCAAGAAAGGGAGAGAAAAGGGCCAACUUCUCUUGGGAAUUCAGCGGCUGCUAAGAAAUUUGGGAAAAAUCAAUCCCCUGGAUCUCAAACUCGCAUAGCUCGUAGCAUCUCUGUGAAGGAUGUGAUUGCAGUCUUGGAGAGGGAACCUCAGAUGUCCAAAUCAUCACUCUUAUAUCGAUUGCAUGAGAGAAUUCAUUCUGAUACUUCAACUUAACAAGUUCACUAUAGGGUAAUUUGGAAAUUGCGAAAUUAAACUGAAACUCAUCACUGGGAAAGUUGAAGUUUGCAGCUAUGAGCUAUGUCUCUUGACACUAUUGCAUGCCUGGCUCCAUCUGACUUCAAUCGUACAGCUCAAGUGUCUGUAGAUAACAAGAUGUUUGCAUCAGGUGUAAAAAGAUUUGACUCAUUAAGUAUAAGAAGACCUGAAAUUGUUGUGUUCUUUUUAUGUUUUGGUUACACACAUGAGUGUUUCUUCUGCGGGAAACAACUGGAAGGAAAAUGUAUGUUGCGAUCGUUCGACUAACUAGUGAUAUUUACUAUUAAGGUAGGGAACCAGCCAAGCUAAGCUUGCGAACUUGCACAUUGCUAGGUUUUCUUAGCAGAUUUAUGACAUGAAAAGUUUAGCUUGUUUGUUGAAUUGACUGAGAUGAGAUGUUGGUUCGUUUUGCUUAAUUCAGUGGUAUUUUUAUUUUUUUUGUUAAGUAGUCUAGUGGUUAGAAUUUCACCCUUGAGGUGAAUAAGUGGAGAGGUGAAUAAGUGGAGUGUCUGGUGUUCGAAAUUCAACUUCUGCAUAUAAAAUGCGAUGUCCCUAUCAACCGAGUUAAUCUCACAAGGACAAUUUAAUAGUCAUUUUUCUAGGUGUGAUAAGUUGUAAUUAUAUUUUUAUUUGACAUAUAUGAUCUUUUGCACGGUCUAACUGCAUUAUUUUCCAACAUUUGUUUUGGUCAAAGGUGUUAGUAUGUAACUAAACAUGUAUGUAAAAAAGAUUGUAUUUUAUUGUU